GAAGAAGCGUGUCUUGUGUCCCCUACUCCCAACCAGAUCAUCAUCAUUGCUCUAUUUCAAGCUCUUGUGCAGCCCAUUCAAAAUGGCAUCAAAACCGAUCGCAAUCGUGGCCGGCGUUGGCCCAGGUACGGGAGCAUCUGUCGCUCGUCGAUUCGCAGCCGCAUACCCUACUGUACUGCUCGCACGCAAUCCUGAGAACUACGAAUCGCUCGCGAAAGAAAUCAACAGCAAUGGCGGCAAGGCAAUCGGCAUCUCGACGGAUGUGGGGAGUCAGGAAAGCAUUGGCAACGCUUUCAAGCAGAUUGAGCAAGAAUUUGGCAAUGCUCCAAUCGCUGCAGCAAUUUUCAAUGCUGGAGGAAAGUUCGUGAGGAAAUCGAUAUUGGACAUGAGCGUGGAAGAAUUUGGGGCUGGUCACGAAGUCAGCGUCAAGGGUGCAUUCAUGUUCGCCCAGCACACUCUCCCCGGCCUCUUGAGGCAUGCUGAGGAUAAGAACGCCAAGUAUCCUCCCACCUUGAUCUUUACUGGAGCUACGGCCUCGGUCAAAGCCAAUGCAUUGAUGUCCAGCUUCGCUUCCGCCAAGUUCGCCAUGCGCGCGCUCUCCUUCUCGAUCGCCAAAGAGUUCGCGCCGAAGGGUGUACACGUGGCCCAUGCGAUCAUCGACGGUGUGAUUGAUAUUCCGAGGACGAAGGAGUGGCUGAAAGACAUGCCACCCGAGGCAAAGAUUGGCGCAGACGAUAUUGCCGAGUCGUACUGGAAUCUGCAUACGCAAAGCAAGAGGUGCUUCACGAAUGAGAUCGACAUCCGGCCAAUGCUGGAGAAGUGGUAGAUACGAGAUCAGAGCGUUACUGCUCUUGCAAUCAGAAGAGAAACGUUGGG